CGCUUGCGGUAAGAGCUGUGCGUCGCCAAUAAUGAGGCUUGUAAUUCUUGAUAACUACGACUUGGCCAGUGAGUGGGCAGCAAAGUACAUCUGCAAUCGGAUCAUUAAGUUCAAACCUGGACAGGACAGAUACUUUACACUGGGCUUACCGACAGGGAGCACACCAUUAGGAUGUUAUAAAAAACUAAUAGAGUACCACAAGAGUGGAAACCUUUCAUUUAAAUAUGUGAAGACUUUUAACAUGGACGAAUACGUAGGACUUCCAAGAAGUCACCCUGAAAGCUACCAUUCUUACAUGUGGAAUAACUUCUUCAAGCAUAUCGACAUAGAUCCUAACAACGCCCACAUCCUUGAUGGGAACGCUGCAGAUUUGCAGGCAGAAUGCGACGCAUUUGAGGAGAAAAUAAAAGAAGCUGGGGGAAUAGAUCUUUUUGUUGGAGGAAUAGGUCCAGAUGGUCAUAUUGCUUUCAAUGAGCCAGGAUCCAGUUUGGUAUCAAGAACAAGAUUAAAGACUCUAGCAAUGGACACCAUUUUGGCAAAUGCUAAAUAUUUUGAUGGUGACUUAUCAAAAGUGCCAACCAUGGCUCUAACUGUUGGUGUGGGCACAGUGAUGGAUGCUAGGGAGGUGAUGAUCCUCAUAACAGGUGCACACAAGGCAUUUGCGCUGUACAAAGCAAUCGAAGAAGGAGUCAAUCACAUGUGGACUGUUUCAGCUUUCCAGCAGCAUCCCCGGACGAUUUUUGUAUGCGAUGAAGACGCUACUUUAGAGUUAAGAGUCAAGACGGUGAAAUACUUUAAAGGUUUAAUGCAUGUCCACAACCAGCUUGUGGAUCCACUACACAGUAUGAAAGAAGGAGACUGAAGGAGACCUCAAGCAAAAGUCUGCUUGGAAAAAGAACCUUUUCUUACUAGAUGAAUUUUCAGCUUAUGCAAUAUGAUAAAAAAUGGGGAAUUAUGAAGACUCAUUUAUGAAGAAAACAUUCCAUAUUUAGAAUGUGCCUGUUCUGCGCUAGUGCCUAGAAGUAAUUGGAUCCCAAGACUGGUUGGCUGUUAGAAGUGUAGAAGCUAUUUAGCUGCCUGUAAGCAGCAUAGCAGUGAAAUGGCUGCAUUUUAAGAGAUCUGCUUAUCAGGUACUAUCAGUGACAUAAUCUCUUUGACUUAUUAAUAUAUAAGACACUCCAAGCCUUUCUGAUAUCAUACUUCUGUCAUUACAAACCUUCACUUUUGGAAUGUAUUUUUUUGUGCAUCGCACACAUGCUUUUUGCCUGUAGUUGCCUUGGUGAUCUUUCUACAGUAGCACUGGAUGUCAGAAGUCCCGCUGUUCGUUAACAAGGAAAUCGGAAGAGGUGACAAUGCCCCAAAGUAGUUUACAUCCUUUCAGAAAGUAUGUGUAAGUGCAUGCUUCUAUGCACCUUCUUAUGUCAUACUUUUUUACAGAUAUGCUUAUUUUUAUUUAAUGAUAUGGAUUAAUGCCCUUAAUAAAGAAAUAUAUUGGCAAUUAUGAGCUUUAUACAUAGCUACAAAUUUAAGAAAUCCUUUUGCAGAACAUUUUCUGAUUAUUGUUGAAUUUUGUAAAUCAUCCUUAUAUAUGUCUAAAGGGAUAUUAAGUAUAUACUAAAUUAGUGUAAACAUUUAAAUUGUGAUAACUUGCAUAAUUAAGUUUAAAAUAAAAA